AUGGUUAACUCACACCUAAUUACUCUAUUUGCUGUAGUGUUCAAGAUUUGUGCUUUUCUUGAAAUUAUUGCUGUACAGCUAGGCAAUGAAUACAAAUCUAUAAAUAGUUUUUGAUUCAAAAUCUUAGAAUCAGAUUUAACUCAAAAUUUCAGUGAUCUAGUAGAUUGGCAUAAUUGCAGCUAUUCUGCUAUUAUUAACUGCAUUUCGCAAUACUCAUAAUAAUAAAAUGACAUCGUAGGAUCUAUUCUCUCCAUUCCUAGCAAAAAUUAUUAUAAGGCAUCAGUUUUCCUUUAGACCUUUUAUUCAACUAUACGGAAAGCCCUAGGGUAUAAGCUAUAACUUCGAUCCUUGGAUUUUAGGAGCAUAGAAUUUAUCUGCCAUCACUAGCCAUAACAAAACCAUUAGGUGGCACAUGAGCUGGAUAAAUUAACAGCAAUGCCAAGAAUCUCUCUUAAGACUUUUUACUGGUGGGAGUCUCCAUAACUUAGCCUGAUGCAAAUAGCAGAGCAGUAAAUGACUUGUGACGUCACUAUUUUAGUGUUUAAAGGAUGUCUUAACCAUCCCAAAAAAUAAAUUAAUAAGUAAGUAUUUCACAAUACCCAAAUUCUCUCGUCCUUCUAGACUUGUCAAGGGAUCCUGCUAUUCAACAAUCUCUCUCUAAAAUUUGUGAUGACUAUUCUUUAUUUCACUUACUCUGAUUUUAAAUGGAGUCAAAUACCCAUUUUUUAGGCAAAGUUAACUAGAGCAUAUAAUUAUUUUCAAUUGAAUUUAUAUGGUAAAAAUAUUAAUUUUUAUAUAAAUAGUUUUAACUUAAUUUAAAGUAGGGAGGCUAGUAGAAUUUUAUUUAGCAGGUUUAAUGAUGAAUUAAAUAAUAUUUUAAAUAAUUAUCUAUAUAAACCCUUUAAAUUGGAACAGAAUUUUCCUUCCAAUUUAAAGGAGCCGAGUUAGUUUAUCAGAAGAAUUCAAAAUAUGUUGAGAAAUCAACUUAUUCACUUACUCUUCCACCCUCAGAAGAAAUAGACGCUUUUGCUUCGUUGCUGAGCUAUUUCAAUUGAACCCAGGGAGCAGUAUUCUUGGAUGAGGAAAGUUAUAGUCUAAAAAAUGAAAAUUCUGUCUUCUCAUCAGGAUUUGAUUGUUUUACCAUUGCAUCUUUAACAGACAUUGAUGGUUUAGUUAGUCGUUCUGUUGUAAGUGCUGGAAUAACACUUUACUAUUUUUUAUUAGAAAAUGAGAAAUCACAAGAUUUGCAAAAAUCAUUGAUAAAAGCAAAGCUUUUAACAAGAGGAAAUGGGAUUGUUUUAAAUCAAGAAAGUGGAUAUCAAUGCGAAAUUGAUGGAGCUUUGAUUAUUAGUGAAAAAGGCUAUGAAUAUGAGAACUCAUUAGAGGAAUAUUUAAAAUCAUCGAUAAAAGAGAUUAUUUCUCUAAUAGCAUAUGUAGAAGACGCUAUUCUCCCCAAACAAAGCUAUUGGAAAAUUUCCUUUCGUCUUAAAAACUCCCAGUAAUAAGCAAUUUUUUUAAUAUAAAAAUACUUCAGAUAUAUAAAAAUACUUCAGAUAUAAUUAUCGAUAAUUAUUAUAAUAAGCUUAUAUUUUAUAUACAAUUUAAAUUCAUUCUUUUAUAACUUAAAUUAAUUUUUUUUUUAAAAUCUUUAACAUAAAGCAUUUUAAAAUGAUCAAAUUGCUCAAGAGGAGUAAGGAAAUAAGAAGAUUGCUUGAUUUGGAAAUGCCAAAUCACUACCGGAUCCCUAAAUUUUCCAUAGUGAAUAUUCAAAAUGGAGAAAGGAUCACUGUAGGCACAAUUAUCAAUAGAAACGUGUCUAUUUUUGGCAAUCUAACAUUUUUAGGUCAAUCAAGUUCUAUACCAAAGUCUAAUAGAAAAAUCUUACCUAUAAGCAUAAAUGCAGGCAUUACGAAUCCUGGCUCAGAAAACGUUUAUACAGCUCUGCACAGCUCUUAUGGAUCAAACAUAUGUAUAGACAAAAUCAAUGAAGGCAGCGAGAUCCUAUUGAACUUCCAAUUGGAAAUGUUUAACUUUGAUUGUGGAGUCAGUAUUUAUAAUGCCGCAUUCCUUAAAUCCUGCUAUCAAAAAGACAUAGAUAAGCUAGGCCUUGCACACCUAUCAGGCUAUGGUUCUUCAGUUGCGAUUGGUUCACUGGUAUUUUUUAAACAAGCGAAUAUAACAAUUCCAUCAGUCGGAGCAAUAAACGGUAGCACCUUAUUGAGCUCUAUCAAGGACUACCCCAUGUAUGUCAGAAUGCUCACCCCUUUUGCUUACAACACUUGUGUGCAGUUUAUAAGAGCCAUGGGAUGGAGAAAAGUAGCAAUAGAUUAGUGAAUGCAUUUUAAGUCCCUACUUCCACGAGUGACAUCCUGCGCAGCCGCUAGACUGCAUGGUGACCCAAGCAAAUUGGAUGGACUCCCAUCUCUUGUACCUCUGAGUCCAGGCCGAAGCCUGGUUUCUCGGUAAUGGUUGCCCUUUUGGGUCCGAAGACCUUUGCCGAGCACCACCAUUUCUUGCUCAGUCCCUUUGCCCAUAUUACGCCACUCCUGCCUCGUAAUCCUUGCCAGAUCGCCCCUUAACGGGACCCUUUCAACUGGAGAGACCGCCAUAUAAUUGCUGUCUAGUCUGCCUCCCCUCUCACCAGGCCAUCCCUAGGAAGAACUCAACCGCUUCCGCGAUUUGGGCAGCCCACAGUAGCAGCUUGCGCAGGUAUGCCACCCUGAUCCAUCUCGGGCGCAUACAGGCUUGGGUGCUACUGGAAAAAGGAGUCAAGGAAAUGCCAAAGGAUCAGGCCACGACCAGCGGGUCUAUGCUUAUGCCCAUCACUACUGGGAUCCCGAUGCUGCUGGGCCAUCCUCUUCCCCCCCAAAAGCCAUGACUGAUAUGCAUGGGUUACCGUUACCGGGAGGGCGGGUCUUCGUCAUACGCGAUUUUAUGCAUAUAGAAAAGUAGCAAUAAUUUAUUCAAAUAAUACUGUAGGGUUGACAAGUUAUAAUCUUGUAAAAAAUACUGUGGAAGCUGCAGGAAUUGAUAUUGUUAACGCAGAAAGCGCCAGAAUGAUAUAUCCGAAUUUAGAUCGGAACUCUAUAAAUGACUAUAAAUAUGUGUUUCAAGAAAUUUACAAUUCGAGGGCAAGAUUAGUUUUAAUGAUGGUUCAGUGCCCAAUGUGUCUAUAUGCAUUGGAAGAAUUUUAUGAUGUAGGACUGAGAAGAGGAGAUAUCUAUAUUUAUAUUGCAACCUGGGAUAUUUUUGAUAUCAUUGCAAAUAAUGACGCUUUUUUGCAUAAAAGAUUAGAGAUCGGAGCGUCAAUGACCACACUAGUAUUUUCUAAUUGGGUUGGAGAAGUUGGAAAAGAUGCGUUUAGUAGGUAUCUAGAUAAAUAUAAAAAAGAACCUAAUUUAUAUGCUUGCGCUUACUAUGAUGCUGUUUAUUUUAUUGCAAAGGCAUUAGAUUAUAUGAUAACUAAAGGCCAAGAUUAUACUGAUCCUUGAAAAUUAAUGUCAGUAAUAAGGCUUACAAAAUUUGAAGGGUGUAUGGGCCCUGCAUCUAUUGAAUCUGGGAGUAAUUUAAUUAAAUAUGGUGCCUCAGCAUUUCACUGUUGGCUAUGCCGAUUUCCUUCGAGCAUAUGUUUAAUUAUAUUCGGUAUGGUUUUGCCAUCCUAGAAAUGGACAGCAAUGAUAGGUUUAGCAAUUCUUGACGUUUGAGGGCCAAGCCAAGUCAGCUUUCAAGAAUGGAUUUUACCUCAUGGGAAGGAAGGCAGGAGUUGGAAAGGGAUCUCCCAGCAUGUCUACAGGCAAUGCCUAGACCAAUCUGGCACUUCACCAGCGUGAAACAGGAGUAAUGCCAUGGGCUAUGUGUUUUUCUAUUUUGUCGACCAGAAAUUUCAUUUUUUUUGAUUUUGUGUAGACAACCCUUGUUCCCAGCCAACAGCCUCAAGCAAGGAUUCACAAAUCUGAAGGCUGCCAGCUUAACUCUGCAGCCAAAAGGCAAGUAGGAGACAUUGCAAUCCCUUAGUGGAAAGAAAAGAUGCGUAGCAGUUGAAUUUCUGGUAUCGGAGAUCCUCGUUGAUUGCAUACAAUUAUGGUGAGAGCAUAUCUUCUAAUAAGAUAAUAUAAGAUAGAAUCUGAGAGUAACGAUAGAAAUUUCCAAAUGUACACCAUUCAAUCUAUGAAGGUCGACAAAAAUGGGAGCAUUGCGAUCUACCCAGUAGGCUACUUAAAGCCUUUCAGUACAAAUCUUAUAUAUAUUUUGAAUCCCUUGAUUUAUCCUGAUGGGACAUCAGCCAAACCAAGCGACUUAAGAGAAAUAAACGAUAAAUGCCCUUUCCCUGAUCGAGAUAUACAAACUUUUUCUAAAGGAAGAGGACUUAUGGGGUUGGGUUAAAUAAAGUACACUUUUUUUCAUACCAAAAAAACAUUUUUGAAAAUUAAGUCAUUUUUAUAGAUUUUGGGUUGAAAAGGGCACAGUGUACUUUAUUAGCCUUACCCCGACUUAUGGUUGGGCUUUGCCUAAUCGUUUUAGCUAUCACUUCAGCCAUAACAUGAUUUAUAUGGCAGAAGUGAUGGAAUAUCCCAGUCGAAAUUUUUGGAGAAAAGCAAGAAAUGUCUGUUGAUGAUUUUAUUGUAGCAAUCACAAUACCAAUAGAGUUCUUCCAAUUUGCCUCUAUGGGUCCUUACUAUUUACCCUCACUAAUAUCAACGUUUAUCAAUAUAUCGACAGUUGAUCUUGAAGAAGUUUUUAAGCUGAGGGAUGGAGGAUUCUAUAUAAUUGUUGACAUUGUGCUGGCUUGGAUUGGGGUAUGAAUUAUUUUCUGUGUGGUUGUUUUACUGAAAUUGCAUGAUAGAUGAGAAGAUGUAUGGAUUUUUAGAAAUAUAGAUAUUCUAGCUGAAAACUUGAUGCCUAUAUUAGGGAAUCUUUGCUUUAUGCCAUUUAUAUCAAUUUGUCUUGAUGUGUUCCUUUGUGAUGAGGCAAUUGGAGAUAGUUUUACAGAUAGCUUUCUUUUGAGAGACUGCUAUGCAUUUUGCUGGCAAGACAGUCACUUGGUUUAUGCUAUCAUUUCUUUUGUAGCUAUUUUAGUCUAUGAGCCUCUAGCAGUAUUUUAUAGACCUCUUUGGCAGGAAUUGCAGGGAAACUUGCAUGUGAAAACGAUACCUGGCUAUUUGAUGGUGAAAUCGGUAGCUCAAACUUUGCUGGUUGUAUUAGCCAAGACUUUGAAAAGAGCAAGCAAUAUCAGCCAUGGAGUAAUUUUCAUUGUGAUAAUGAUGAUUUAUGUUGCAAUUAUUGUGAAAAUUAAAUCGUAUAACUAUGGGAGAUUCCAUUUGUGGCAGGUUCUGAGCUUAAUCGCAGUUGUUUGGCUAGCUUUAAUUUCAACUUGAAAUUUAGGGAUUGGUGGGAAUCCUAUAGCGUAUUAUGCUUUUUUAGUUUUUGGGUGGAUAGCUAUUAUGCUCGCAGGAUUUUACCUUCAAAGGAAAAAGUACCCAAGUCUGCUGUAUCGGAAAAAAGGCAGAGAUAUGUGGAAUUUGUUCAGGUUUGCGUUCGCACUUAGGAGUAUCGUAUAUGAAGUUAGAGAAACAUAA